UAUGUCAUAAACACAGUGUCUUUGUGAAUUCAAUAUGGCAAGAAUUUUAAGACAAAUUCUUGAUUUUCUAUGAAUUCAAAAUUUAUUUUCUGGUUUUUUAAAUAUACAUCCCUCGUAAUAAAACACCUAAAAUGUCUUGUCAAAUGAAUUCGUUUGGAGCUAUUGUUGAUUUGGAAGGAGUUAAAAAAUGUUUAUAUGUUGGUGGAUUAACAACUGGAAAUUUGUCUUUGUCAGGUAACACUCAAGAAAGUAAAGAAGCAAAACAUGAAGAUGCAUGGAACUGGUCCGUUGAAGACUCCGAUAAGCCUGUUACUCAUCCUAAUUGGUUGGAAGAGUGUAAAAUAUCAUUAUCUCCCUCAGGAGAAAUUAUGGCCUUGACUCAUCAACAAAACCUUGUAAUUCUUAUGGCUAAAUGGGACAGCAGUGAAGAAUCAACUUCAAAAACAAAAUACCAUAUGUUAUGGCACGGGGAUCCUUGUCAAGAGCACAAUGAGGUGAUUACAAGUGUGUGUGUACUGCCCUUGGCGCCUCCUCAAUCACAGAAGUCCCUGUCUCAUGCUGCUCCGGACUGGACUUGUGUGGCUCUUGGUUUCUCUAGCGGAGCACUCAGAUUCUACACUGAGAAAGGAGAUAUGCUAUUGUCAGAGGUGCUGGAUGAAGGGCCCGUAGUCAGUAUCAAAUGCCAAACCAUGUCACCGGCACGGAACAGCGGCAUGGCAGAACUGACAGAAGAGCUGCAUGUCAUAUACUCGACUGUCGUCUGCUCCAUCUAUGGCUUUGUGCUCAGCAACACCCUGCGAGCCUGUCGCAAUCAGCUAGCCAGAGUACAGGCCAACUGCGUUGAUGGGAUCGUAGCUCCGCCUCUGUCUCUACACAAGUGGAGUCUGCCGGACCAAGAUAGUCUAACGGACGCAGCCGUCGGGCUGCCUCAGUGUCCUUCCGCCUUCUCUCAUUUGCACAUCGCCUCAGUGUGUGGAGGCUACAGUGCCUGGUACAGACCCUCCCCACCUCAGAGCUCCCUGGUGGUUGCUGUGGGCAAAAAGCCAUUUGUCGGGUUCCACUACAUCGUAGAAGGAACGUCUGCUCCAGUCCUCACCGAUGUUGUGAAAGCUGUUGGCACUAAACUCAAGUCUGCCUUCAACCAGGCUGUUCCAAGUUGGUUCUUGGGCGGUCGUAAACCAAAUCCUGCUCCAGAUAAGGAGAAGGUUGUGAUUGAGCCAGCCGAACCAAUGGUUUGCAGGUUUGGACUGUGUGACUUGUGGAGACAAGGGUGCUCAGUGGUCAUGUCUCCUCAGCGGAACCUGAGCGUUGUCUGUGACUCUCUGGGCAGAGUUACUCUGGUGGACAACUCGUCAGGGAUAGCACUGAGGAUGUGGAAGGGGUACAGAGACGCCCAGUGUGGUUGGCUGGUGGCAGAGGAAGAACAGCCGCAAGCACAUAGCCGCAAACGGCAGGCCUUGUUCCUCGUUAUCUACUCACCCAAGAAGGGUGUAGUAGAGGUGUGGGCCAUGCAGCAAGGCCCCAGGGUGGCUACUUUCACUACCUCCAAACACGGCCGGUUGUUCUACAUCAGCUACGGAUUGCUUGGUGUUUCAAGUCUAAACAGCAGGAACGCUAAUCGAAGCUCUACUCCGAUUUUAUUUAUUGAUGAAUUUGGAGUUUUGGCCGAUAUUACUGCUCCUUUCCAUUGUGCAUUAAGUGACAAGAACAGCAAGCGUGCCAAGGACAUCCACCUAGUGCGUAAGCUGCGUCAGGUGCUGAAGGACGACGCAGACGCAGACACCGUGACAGCGUUGUGUAGAGACUUGCAGACACACACCGUGAGAGCUCAGACACUGGACCUGCUGGCCUCUAGUAGGAAGGUGUCUGCCAACACACUGCUGGAGGUCGUAGAGGGCUUCCUGCAUUGGUUCGAGUCUCAAGAUGAAGUAAGGCCAGAUGCUAGUGGCAAGGUUCUGAUGCAGAGAUGUGUUAAACUACAGAAGCUGUUGAUAUUCUACAUGUUCUGUGCGGGACUGCAACAGAAACCACCUGAUUACGACACAGUGGUGGCCGACUCUAGUAACGAUUUUGAUAACCUGUGUGAGUUCCUACGCAUGAGCAAACAAGAAACCCAGCGAAUACUGAAGUUCCCGGAAUCGCAGGACAGGGUUCGGGUUAAGUUCCAGGAAGGCCUGGAAGGAUUGUCUGGAUAUCUGGCUGGGUUCAAAACAGACUCAACGGCUGAGGAGACAAUUCAACUGGUGGAACCGACUGGCAGUCAGAGCCUUGUCCAUAUUAGUGAGGUAGUGUGUGGCAGUCUGGAAGGUAAUGUGACCGAGUGGGCGAGUGCUGCUACAGACAGUAGCAUUGCUCCCUCUGCUCUAAUGAGACUAGCGGUAGUUGCUUGGCUACAUAGGCGCACUCACCCCUCGGUGGCUGACACUCUCACAUUCGGACAGCUUGUGUCUGCCAUAUGCAAUAUUGCAGGGGAAAAGGUAGAGGAGCCAGAAUGGUGGGAGGAGGUGAGAUGUCUGCUGAGAGAGAGUGUACAAUCUCACCUGGCUAUAUUGGCUGCAGCUGUGUGUAAGGCUGUGGCUGUCACGUUUGAGGAGACUGCAGUGAUGACGACCAGCGCUGGUACAGACGACAGUGAGUCCAAGUCUAAUGACUGGGAGAAGGUGACCCAGGAGAGUUGUACUUGGAGUCAGCUGAUCAGCCAGCUGGAAGAUGUCGCUCUCAUCGGCUCAGUGCUCAGCCAAAAACCAAAUUGCUCAAAAGUUCCAGCGUUACAUUGCCUGCACUAUGAACCCCCGGAGCUGUCUUUGCAAAACUUAUGCUCUAAAGGUCGAGGAUGUGUGUCUGAGCUAGUUGCCAGAUGGAUUGCAAGUUCAGGGCUUGAUCCAGCCUUGCUAUUGGAAGGUUCCCGAGAGUCUUCCCAGAGUCCCGACUCUUCCAGGAGCGAUCGUCUGGGAUCCGGGGUGGGGGUGGUAGAGGGCCAGCUACUGUCUGCAGACGAGGGAAAAGAAGCACAACCUACCAGCCCGGAGGAGAGCUUCCUACUGGCUCGUCUAGCCGAGCUUAGGCAGCAGUUCCCCUACAGCCUGGCUGAUAAUGUUCUACUGGCUAAUAUUGCCUGGGAGUAUGUUGUGGCCUGGACAAAACAGGUUGACAACCUACAAUCUCUUCAAGCUGCUGUUUCCUGCCUUAGAGCCAUUCCCGACUCUCAGCUCAAACAAGGUGUAUGCUCUAUGACGUGGAUGAUGCAUGUGAAAGGCAGGUUCGAGUCUACACUGAGACUCAUCAACAAAGUAGGCAAGGUGCCUAAGGAACGUUUAUGCCGUCAGGACAUCGGACUGUCUGAGCUGCAGAUUGCAGACUUCUUCAACAUUUGCUCAGACUUUUUUGACAUAUUUUUAGAGUGUAGAGCCCUGAGUGAGGAGUCGCCCAAGAUGAGGGUGAGACAUGAAGACUUGUGGCACAGCAGUUCUGUUCCCCCACUCCAACAGCUGGCGUUGGACCAGCCGCUAGCCAACUACGAUGUUCUUCUUCUGCUCUCCCAGUGUUGCCGGGCACUUCACAUCAUGGCCGCCUUCUCACUGCGCAUCCAACGGCCCAUCAACGCCUUCUUUGACUCCAUAGGCCAGAGUGUGCUAUUUGCUGACAUCAGUGCUCACAUACAACUGCCCAACCACGUGGUGGAUACAGCUCUCACUGACACCAGGACACAGUUCCUGUUGAGGGCAAUCACUGCUGCCAUGGCAACCAUCACACACCACAAUGGGGAGUACAACAUGAGCAUGGCUGUUGAUUGGAUGAAGCAGUGUUUAUUGCUGGCUGCUGAUUGGUCUAUACCGGCAGAUCCCUUGAGACGACAGCAGUGUUACGAGCUCUAUGCAAGGGGCUAUGAUCGGUUGGCGGAGGAGGUGAUUCCAUCAGUAAAUGAUACAUCAUUGCUGGGCUCUCAGCUGUUGACUGUGGUCGGACACAGAUUACGUCAUAUCAUGGCCGAGAGCAGCUCCCAGUUGAAGGAGCAGAUCGCUCACAUGAGUCCGACACUGUCCUCUUGGAUAUCUGGACUGGCUGAAGCGACUGUGGAGCCGUCCAACAUAGAUGACACUCUGGAGUUGGUAGUGGUGGUAUCUAGCUUGGUAGAGGAAGAGAGUCAAAGCAAAAGGAUAGCAACUCAGCUGCUGGACUCCUUAGCUCCUAUUGUAAACAAAGGUAGACUAACUAAUAGAUGAGAGUCGUCUGAUCUCCCUUGUUUGCGGAAGCUUGGCUGAAUCUCCCAUUGCAUUUAACUUCCAAUUCCAGUCUACUUUGAUAUACAGUUUGAGAAAAAAACUUUGCCACACACUUUGUGGCAGUCAGUUAGUUUUGAUGAUUAAAUAUAAACCACCAUAAAGACGUUAAUAAUAAACAUUCCUUUUGUAAACAUGUGCUUUAAGAUACACCAGUUAAUAGUCAAAGCUAGAAAUGGAUUUCAGAAGUGUAAUUUGAUUAAUUUUAACCUUUAACACCACUAUAAACAAAAAAAUUGGUAAAGUAAGCAUAUUGAAAGAGCAAAUAGUUUUCAUUAGGUAGUGAAAAAGUUAUGUUUAGCUGUUUAUGACUAAGACAUUUUGGUUAGAUGCAAACAAUCCUAUACCUUGUUAGUUUAUGACUUCCGCAGCUAAAAUAUAUACUUAUUGUUCAUAGACAAGUAUGCCAAACGGUAUGAGCACACAUUUAACAUUAUAUUACUUUAAUUUACAUUUUAUUAUGUAGUAUGUUAUUUUAUACCAAAUGAAUUUUUAAGUUGGUUUUAUUUUAAAACAUUUUUAUUUGUAAUGCUGCAUAUUAUCACAAGUUUUAUCACAGUUUCUCUCAGCAAUUCUAAAUCUUUAUCAAAUCCUUUGUCACAAUCAAAUUUCUAGUAUUUGAAUAUUGUUUGUCUAGUCUACUUAAAAAUAU